CGGUGGGGCUGCUGAAUAUGGAAUUAGGAAGCUCAGUGGCCAAACUGGGAAUAAAGCUGGAUAGCGGAUCGCCAAAGGGAGGAAGCGGGACGCACUUAUCUUGGGAACGGCAGCUGGGAACAAAAAGUUUCCCGAGAAAGUUUGGGGCGGCGAUGAGCGCGGUGUAGGAAGGGUAACUGAGGAGCCCAAAUCACAGCUCCAGGGGCUAAGGAGCCCCCGUUAGGGGAGGAAGGCAGAGGGGUGCACGGAGCUGAAGUCGGCGGGGGUACGGCAGUGCCAGCGAGUUUUUGCAGGACGGAGUGCCGGGGGUCACGAUGAGCCUGCUGUCGGCCAUCGAGAGCAGCAGCGCCUCGGUGUACCAGCCAGCGCAGCUCCUUAACUGGGUCUACCUUUCGCUGCAGGACUCCCACCAGCAGCAGCAACAGGCGGCCGCCAGCGCCUUCGAUGCCUUCCGCCCAGCGGAGCCCGAGAUCGGCGGCGGCGGGGGCUACAGCAGCAAGGCAGCGGCCGUGGGGGGCGAACUGGGGUCCUCUCUCAGUUCCAGUUACCUCAGCAGCUUUUUCCAGCUCCAGCGAAAUGAGGCUUUAACCAGCAGUUUAUACAAGAGCAGGUCUCCCUAUGGGUCUCUCAACAACAUCGUUGAUGGAUUGAGCUCACUAACGGAACACUUUUCUGAACUCUCCAUCUCUUCUGAAUCCAGGAAGCCAAGUAAGAGACCACCACCUAACUACCUUUGCCACCUCUGCUUCAAUAAAGGACACUACAUCAAAGAUUGCCCUCAGGCACGUCCAAAAGGUGAAGGUUUGACUCCAUACCAGGGAAAGAAACGCUGCUUCGGGGAAUACAAGUGUCCAAAGUGUAAGCGGAAGUGGAUGAGCGGGAACUCGUGGGCGAACAUGGGACAAGAAUGUAUCAAGUGUCACAUUAAUGUUUACCCUCACAAACAGAGACCCUUGGAAAAACCAGAUGGCUUGGAUGUAUCCGAUCAGAGCAAAGAGCAUCCUCAACACCUGUGUGAGAAAUGCAAAGUUCUGGGCUAUUACUGCCGUCGCGUGCAAUAAACAACACAAUGGUGGCUUCCUGUUGCAAACUGCCUAUCCCGUCUUCUAUAGCAACUUUUCAUCUAGCUCACUGACAAAAGAAGUGCCAUAGUAACGUUCUUCAACUCAGCAGGCCUUGACUUUUUUCUCUAGAAUGUAGUAAUUUCCUUUGCACAGGAAGUAUUUAUGGAAUGAUACUCUGUGGAAACAGUAUUAUUAUUAUUGUUGUUAUGAUUAUUAUUAUUAUUAUCAUCAGUAUCUUAUUAUGGCAGAAGCCACCAUGUUGGCCUUUCUGGAUUGAUUGUUUACACAACUUCCUUAUCCUGGCCACAAGAACUGUGUUGCAGUGACAUACAUGCCAGUGUUCAGAUUUGUUUUCUUUUUCUUUUGUUCUUCGGAGGCUAGGUUAUGUCCUUGCUUACCACUUUGGCACCUGCGUAUUAAGUAACUGUGAAGAACAGGGCAUGGUUGAUGUUUCAGUGUUCCCUUUUGUAUUUACAGCACUGCCACAUUUUAUAUUAUAUGUUUCAUUUUGAUUGAAAUGAAGCCACUUAACUUACUGCAUAUUUCGCUUUGCUUUCAUACUGUGCAAAUGAAGAAAGAUAAAAAGCUGGGUUUUUAGCUUAGGCUUGAUUUCCACAGAAUGAAGUAAUUUAGUAUGACCAUUGUUUCCGGGUCUCACAUGGAAGUACACAACAGUAUUUGAUUUCUAGCUAAUUCACAACAAAAUACAAUUCUUCUGUACGAUCAUAUAAUGUCAAAAAUUGGCUUCUGCAGUUAAAACAUACUUUUAGGUUUGAAAUGAAACUUAAACUCUACUAGAAGUUUUCAUUUGGAAAAAAAGGGCAUGUCGUUGCUUGUGGUUUAACUUAACAAUAAAGGGAAAGGCACAGUUCAUGUUUAAGGUGAAGGAGCUAGCAAAUACCUUAGAGAAGAAAAUUCAAAAUUAAAUGGUCUGUGUGAGUUCAGACACAUUAAUGUAUUUCAGCCAGACUGUGUCCUUGCAUUUGAAUGUUGUUAUUUUACCUCCAAAACUGGCAAGCCAGCAGCUGCUAUUUCAACUUCAAACUGAAUGUGGCAAAAAUUUAGAAAACUAGAUUGGAAAAAUAUAAGUACUUCUGAAAACUCAUUGGUUGUCAGACACAGCUAUAAAAUCACUGAUAUAAAAUGAUUUUACCAGUAGUUUUUUUUUUAGUUUGUUCUACAAUUAAAUGAUCUAUGUAUUCAUUAUGUAGUGCAGUUCUGACAAUAUUUGUAAAAUAUAUAUUUAAAACAAAAGAACACUACAUUAAAUGCUUCAAAUUAUUCACUUUUUUAUAUUAAAUAUAUUUCACUUUAACAGUACUCCAAUUAGGGGAAAACUGUUUUGUAAGAUCUUAGCAUUUUCUUUGGGGGGAGGGGGUUGUUUUACUUCAUUCAUCAAAGCACAGGUGUAGGGCACUUUUUCAAUCAACUGUGCACUCUUGCACAAAAAAUUAAUACAGCUGGCUGGUUAAGCUCAAGCAAAAAAUCAAAUUAUCGCUGUCAGGUGAAGGGACUACUGCACCCUCACCCUGCUAUAUAAUUAUUCCACUCUGAGGUGCAACAUAUUUCUUGGAGAGAAGGUACUUGGUUUUCCAACAAAAAAUAUGCAUUUCAUUAUAUUGCAAGCAGGCUUCAGUAAAAACAGAAUUCGGCUAACCAUUUAUAAGUGCCUGUGCUUUGAAACCACUUACUGAAUUAUUGUAUGCAUCCAUCAUAGCAUACUGUAGAAAUAAUUAUCAUUUAUCAGCCUUUCAUCCUGUAAUUGUGCAGCCUAUGUUGAGAAAUGAUUCAUUUGCAGUGGGUUCUUAGCCAAGAGUUUGUGAACAAUGCAUGGCUUCAUUAAAAUCUGCACUUAUUUUUAGGUGUAAUCAAUGGGAGUAUGCAUGUGUGUAACCUCUUGUGUUCACGUGCAUCACACGGCUGUAUCUGUAGUGCGUGCACCUUUUUAUAUAGCACAGAGGUGCCCAUGGCACCCUCCUGUAUGACAAGCAAUCUCUGCUGUACUCAUUAAGAUAGUAUUAGGCUUAUUGGCUGCCUGAGUCGAAAUAAAAUAGUCUAAAUGCCAAUGAAGUAAAAUAAGUUUUGUUUCAGAAAUUAUUUCUGUUUUAAAAUAGAGAUGAAUGCCAAGAUCAGAUAGUACUUUCAGUUACCUAAAAAGAUUACUGGGAGGCAAAAUUAACACAGUCAUAAGCUGUCUGUAUAGCUUUAACAUAAUAUGGCUUUGUUAAAUGGUUUAUUAAUUUGUAGUGUUGCACAGUAUGAACUCAAACCAAAAACUGCAGUCAAAAUCUGUGACAAUACUAUUUAAUCAAGGCACUAGAGGUGUAUAUCUUAAAUGUGUAGUUCAUUGUCACUGUCACUGAAGUAUUACAAGUCAUUUUGCAUCACAGAGACAGCAUUGCCCUUUGAGCAUGUAAUGGUAUACGAACCACAUCUCACAGGCGUAUUGGAGGGGCUGUGAGUGAUAUUCCAUUGAGGAGCAAUAAAGAAACAGAAAUAGCAAGGAAUGCAAACAUUACAGUCAUAACUUUAAUGAAAGGAAAAUGUUAGUUUGAUCCAGAAGACUUUAAAUGAAAGUGACCACUAGAUGUACUCCAGUUUAACCCAUACCUGCGUAACUUUAUUUCACAUGCAGAAUGUAAUUACAACCCGUUAUGUCACCAAUGACUUGUAUAUAAGGUUGCACUUCAUACCAAAUAAUAAUACUCUCAGAAAGUUUUUAGGACCACAGAAGACACUCCCAAGUGCUGUUAACUGUCUCUGACACUUUGUUUUGUAAGUCUUCAUUUAUCAUAGAGAUGGUGUGAUUUAUUGUUAAACUGCAUAUAACUUCUGCAGGAUGAAGAAACUGUUACUUGGGUGAGGACAAAGUCUGCAUUCUUUCUUUUUAAAUAGAACAUUGUCCUGUUUCAACGAAAAAAAAUGACAUAUUAGGAUAGUUAAUGUAAUAGUUUUAUUUUUAGGAUUUAUUUUUUAUGUUAGCAUAGUUUUGCUGAUAUAGUCGUCAUUUUUCUUAGUGGACUAGCCCGCCCCCUUCUUUAUCUAAAUGAAGAGGCUAACACCAGUCUUGUAACAGCUGCAGCUGGUUUGUGUGUGUGUGUGUGUGUGUGUGUGUGUGUGUGUGUGUGUGUGUGUGUGUGUGUGUGUGUGUGUGUGUGUACGGUGUACAUGCAAAUGCACUUCUCACAACAAAUGUGGAAGACAUCCCACUGUACAGGGCUGUUGUUGAGGAUCAUUAUAGAUCAGGUAAUCACAGCAUUCAUCUCAUCCGGUUCCUCAGUGGACGAUUAAGUGUAUCCUUUUAACGCAUCAUGUAGCUUGUUCCACAUGUAAUAUGUAUCAUGUGGUGAUGCCACAGUGAGCACAUAUCCACCCACACAUGCUGCACCAUAGCAUCCCCCAAUGUUGACACAUCCUCGCAUAUUUGUCAGUAUACCAUUUCCCACACAUCCGGUCCACACAUGCUGUCAUACAUACUCCCACAUAACCUGUUACAUACCCCCUCAUGUAACCCCUCAUGAAUGCUUUCAUAUAUGCUCUUGCACAUCCCCCACAUAUGCCAUCAUGUAUUUCCCAUUUUAUGCCAUCAUAUGUGAAGCCGUGUCCAAGUAUGCUUCUUUCAUGUGAUCUCUCACAUUGUCCCACAUAUGCUCUUCCAAUACUCCCAUAUAUAAUUACAUAUCUGUCUCUGUAUGCCCUCACAUAUGCUGUCACGUGUACCAUCUUACACAGUCCCCCAUAUGUACCUAUACAUAUUCCAGCUGUUUAUGCUCUCAUAUACUUUAAUGCAUGCCUCCCAAGUUCUGUCACAUAUGCUUUUACAUAAUGGUUGCACACAUUUUCCCACAUAUGCUAUUGCAUGUUCUCCCUGCCUUUCUCAUGCAGUUCACACAUGGUACUGUCAUACACUUUUCCACAUAUUUGUUGUCCAUGUAUAUCUGCAUGCAUCCUCUCAUGUGUGCUGUGAAAUAAUCACCUUAGCAUAUGGCACUGCAUAGCUUUGUGUGGUAGAGUGGUACACCUCUGGCUGCCUUCACAAACCAAACCCAAGGCUGGGAUGUAGUGAACAGUCAGUCAGGUGAAGGAGAAGAGGACAUUGAUCACUCAGCCCAGCUAUCCCUGUCCAUCCCUCUUACUGUACUAAUUACAUAGCAUGAAAUGACAACAGUGUGACAAAAACAGGUGUUUUGUGGUGGUUGCCUAAAGGUUUUCUGACACAUUUGAUGAGGAUUCAUAAUCCUGUUGUCUCCAGCAUGUAUCAUAAUGAAUGUGGAGAAGGUAGUAGUGAGGAAAUAUCCUCUGGGAUCCUGAAAUCUGUAAAUCCUCCUGUCCAACAUCUGUCUCUUAAAUAGUUGAAAAAGUGCCAUCCUGUGUAUUUUUAGUAUAGCAGAAACAUGAGCCAGUGCUGGGCAGCUUUCGACACCUUGGAUAAAGAUAAGGUUCCUUUUCAGACAUGGCAGGCAGUUUAAUUUCAUUGUAAAAUGCACAGUGUACACCAGAAGUAGCUGUGAAAUGGGUGUUGUACUGUACCCUACUCUAAAAGGAGAAUAAUUUAACUUAUUCUGCAAUAAUUACUACAGACUCCUCAUCGGAUGCUUUACCCUGACUGGAAGCUGUCCAACUUUCAUUUAGAAUUAAUGUAAUACAUGACCGUUUUAAUUUGCUUUAUCCUAGAAAUACCUAGACUCUGCUAGGAAGUUACAGUAAUGUGGUAUUCAUAGGCUUUUUCUAUCCUUUUUGCAUGUAUGUUGUGCUAUAUUUUCCUCUGCUUCAGAAAAGCAGUCCAAUAAGUUUUCUGACAUUUGAAAUGCUUACAUUUAAAGCUAUCACUUCACUUCUGUCUUUUCCCAAAACAUUGGUGGCAUUUGUUUCUCUCUAUAUUAUCUUUCAACAUAUUUUUUAAAGCCUCUCUCAUUUAGAUGAAAAGAAAAUAUAGGCAGGCAAAGGAAUUUUCUGUUAAUUCAUUUUUGUAUACAAAUAAAGCUUAGCACUGUUCAGGUAUUUUCUUUUUUAUGCUUCUCUGCUAAUCAUGAUUGAUUGUCUUUCAACAAUAAUAUGUAUAGUUUUGCAGAGAAGUAUUUAUUAGAAAGUCUGUGCCCCAAACCCCCCUCAAAAUGCAUUUUGACCCCAUGAGAAGGCUAUUGUCAACACAAAUACAUUUCAGUAGGAUUUUUUAAUGACUGUGUAACAAUAAAGUAAAGUUUCUUCAAUUAUUUCAAAGUAAAGACAUUACCUUAUUCUUCUUAUAGCUAGCAGUGUCACUGUAAAGGAAAGUUGAUCUGUUAGUAAGAAAUAUGUUCUGUUAUUUUUCUCAGUUUUACAGUUAAGUCCAUAGCCCACAGGUAAAUACUAGGAUUUGUCUGCAAACUAUUACAAGCCUAGCCACUAAUCAGAAGUCAGAAUCAAACCCUAUACCUUGUAUAUUUGAGGCAAAGACCUUAACCAUUAUUCCAACCCCUGCUACAAGCAGUCUCACAGACCUUUCAAACUGUUAUGAAACAGCAAUGCAAUACGUUUGGCAGAUGCAGCUUUGCUGAAACAUUGUGUAUUGUGUUAUCAGAUGUAUCUCCUGGAAAAAUAACUCCUUUUUUGAAAAAAAAUACUUGAUAGGCUAUUAGGAUUAAAGUAUUGUAGAUACAGAUUAAAGUAUUGUAGAUACUUGAACUUUUUAAUAAAAUAAGCUUUUUGAAAUGUAGUUAUUCUUCCACUGUUUCCAUCCUAUUUAAAACUUAAGUAGCACCAGGACAUUUUCUGCUUUUCUUCACACUAUGCAUCAUUAAGCAAAAAAAAAAUGUAAGUUUUUGUGUAUAAUAUCACAUGGUUUUAACUCAAAGGGUUCUGCUGUUGAAAAAUACAAAAAACAGGUUUAGUAAUACUCUGCUUACAGUCCUACAAGACUGAAAGCACAAAACAAAAUAUAAUCUAAACCAAAGAGUAAAGAGUUUGAUUUCGUCAGAAAUCAAAAUAUAAUUUCUAUCUCCAGUGUAGUACAACAGCAAAGUAUUUAUGUAGUAUGUGGGAGGUGGGGCCCUGUGUGGGAAUGUAAGAGGGCAGAGUCCCCUCACAGAAACUUUAGUAUUACAAAUUUGAGCUUUAAUGAUUUAAUAUUUAAUUAGUUUAUACCUUUUAGUAUUUCCACGUUUCAUGUUUUGGAUAUAAAAAAUUAUAAAUGCACUUAGUGUAUAUGGGACAAUGACUCAUCCUUCAUUCUGACCAUUACAUACUUGUAUGUACAGACAUACACUUAUCCUUAGCACAGACUAGCAGAUUUUGGGUCAAUUUCAGAAGAUGGGAUGCAUUUUUGUGCUGCAUAAGAGACGUCUGCCAGUCAUGACUGUGUAGCAGUACAUUUAGCCAACGGUUGUUACACCUUGUAGAUAGAAUUUGGUAGGUAGAUUUGAACCUGGGAGGUUCCACAUGGUCACAGGCAAGUGUCUCAGAUAAGUGCAUUAUUACCCAAGCAGCAUGCAUUACAAAUCCUUUGUGUAUUUAAAAUGUGGUCACACUGUAGGACUGUUUACAGUAAGGAGGGAGGUUUUUAACAAGUGUAGAAGAUAGCAACACUUCAUUGAGCUGGUAGGUAUGUACCAGUAUACCAGAAACCCUCUACCAGGGCUUUUCUGCCAGUGAUGAGGAUGCCAUUGCAUGCUAUGUAAGUUUUGAUACAUUUUUUAAUGUUACUGUGAGGGCAAAGUGUUCAUUUCCAGUAUUACAUGCAUGCUCACUGUAGGCAUACUGAGUUAGACAGUUAAUCGCUGAUCGCUUUUGUUAAGGUGUUCAUUUCCAGUAUUACAUGCAUGCAUGCUCACUGUAGGCAUACUGAGUUGGACAGUUGAUCGCUGCUCGCUUUUGUUAAGGUGUUCAUUUCCAGUAUUACAUACUUGCAAGCUCACUGUAGGCAUACUGAGUUGGACAGUUGAUCGCUGCUCGCUUUCUGUUACUUGCUUAGCCAUCCUGUUUGACUUUCCUGCCUUCUUACAGCCUACAUCAACUUUCUUGCACUUCGUUUUGCCCCAUUUUUAAUAAAAGUUGUUGGGGUGCAGGUCCAAAGUGUAAGUUUGUCUCAAUGAGGGAGGAACAUCUGGAAGUUCAAGAAAGUGAGUUUGUUGGUCAAUGUUUGCAGCAUAAGUCUCCAGAGACAUUCCAGUUAUGUGCAAGUAAGCAAAAUCAGCUGAAAGGCCUGCUUUAGCAGAAGUAAUACUUUCAUUCACAGAUCGGUUAUUUCUUUGAGAUGCCACAGUCGUGUUAAUGGUCAUAAUAAUUAGCAGGGAGGGUAAGGGAAUGUCUGUCCAUAAAUGAGGUGAGCGAUGGUUGUCUGUCAUCAAAUAUAUAUACUUUGUCCCUCAGCAUAGUUUUUUUUCAGAGAAAUACUCCUUUGAUAACAUUUUUUCAUAGUAUUAUUGUCCAAAGAUACUUUCUCCAAUAAACUGACCCUUGCAUUUUGCUUGCAUCUGGUAAAUGCUCUUUUUGUUUAAAAUGCAACAUUGACAGUAAUUCUUCUACAAGAGCUGAUCUCUAAUGAUAUGCACCGCUCUUUAACAAAAAUUGAUAUACGUCAUCCCCAUAGUCAGAGCACCUAAAUUCCACAUGCCAGUCUCACACUGGAGUAAAAUUUAAGUAGCCUUCUGCAAAAAUAUCUUGUGUCCACAUACAUACUGGUACAGAGGUAAUUAGGGCCCAACAAAAUUCAUAAGUGCAAAAGAAACGUUUGUAAUCAUGUGGCAGUAAGCUGCAUCAGAUAGGUAGGCCUUUCCAGCUCUAACGUUGGUAACAGAACAGGGCUAAUGGCAGGGCACCAAGUUUUGAGUGUGGUGGUCUGGAUGCUGUAUAACGUUGAGCACUUAAGGUCAAGACUAGGUUGUAGAGUGAUGAGGCUGGGGUCAUUCCAGACCUCCUGUUGCUACGUUUGUGGAGUUAGCAUGCAAUCCCAGUAAGUUUUCUGUUUCUGUUCUAUUUUCCUUCCAUCUCCCAAAAUGGAAAAUGUGAUGGUUAUAGUAUGUUUGUGUGCAUGUGUGUACAUCUCUAUGUGUGUGUGUGUGUGUGUGUGUGUGUGUGUGUGUGUGAGUGCACCAGUUCACUUAAACCUUGUAAAAAGGUAACCAAAUUAAAAUAAAAAAAUAAAGGUUAUUUCAGUUGAUCUACUAAUUUGACCACAUGACCUAAAUUGGGCAAAUAGUAAAGCAGUCUGUGCUUUCCAUCCAAAGGUAUUAAACUUAUGAAUUAUUUUUUUGUCUGUUGGAGUUUGUUUUACUUAUUGAGCAAUAUUUUAAAGUUGUUACAACAACAGGUUCAGAUUUUGCUCUCUCUGUCCCUUUUUGCUGUUGGGAGGAAACCUGAACUUAAAGGGACAUUUCUUCCUGCAUUGUGAGCAUCUUACGCUGUGUAAUGAAUGCCUUGGGUAGGAUCAUUUGUAAGGGUGUGGUCAGAACAUAAAAGGGUACAGUAAGUCAAUGUUCUCAUUAAAGAAGGCUUGUGAUGUCGAUUAGCAUGAGCUUUCACAGAGCGAUGAGGAGUAUAGAAGUUAUAAUACAAGUAGUGUCUUGCAGUGUUAAGAAGUACAUUUUUACGGAAAGUUCUGUAUCAAGUCUAGAAUGCAAUUAGAGAGGAAAGCAGCAUUGUCUUGGCUUUUUGCAAGAUAUUUUUAUGUGUGCUAAACAAGUCAGGCAUGAUAUUUUAUUGGAAACAAAUUGGAUGAAUGUCAGAAAGUGGUAGAAAUGAAGAUGAGUGAGCUGUUGCAAUUCAACUGACACAGACAUGCAAGUAAUAAGUGUGUACGGUGUAUAUUGUAAUGCAAGUAAUAAGUGUGUACGGUGUAUAUUGUAAUGCAAGUAAUAAGUGUGUACGAUGUAUAUUGUAUUAGCGGUGUGGUCUAACAUCAAGACUCAAUACGUGUGAAGCAAACCAGUCACAUUCAGCAUACACUGUGAAAAUACAAAACAAAUGUUUUUAGAGUUGAGCAAGCCCCCUAAUCUCCACCCUCCCACACACACUUACACACACACAUACAUACACACACACAUACACACACACACACACACCUAUAAAUGUACAAAUUCCAACACUGCACAAGAGUGGAGAAAACAGCAUAGUCCCUUAUCUGGCUGUCGCUGAAUCUUGACAAAAGACUGUCACCUCUAUUCAGUCACACUCAGUCAUAGUGGAAGAGAAGAAAAUACACCCUCUUUUCCCCUUCACUUACACUGUGAUUUGCCAAUAAAAGAAACCCUGACAGAGUGUAAGUGAAAUAAAACAAACCUAUUUUAUCCCUCACUUGCAUUGUGAUUUGCCAGCAAAAACAACACUGACACAAGGGUGUAGCCAGGUCUUCUCUUUGUACUUUAAUGAGUACACUUUUUCCCCCCCGAGUCACAUCAAUAUGUUUUUUUAGUCAUAUUAUGUCUACAGCUGUGUAAAUGAAUGCCUCCAUGAGCAGAUGCAAUAUUGUUAAUCUAAAAUCAGUAUAUUUAAUAGCUUUAGGAGGAAGAGCUGAAAAUGUUACUUAUAUUUAUUAAGCGAUUGAGGGGAAGCAUUUUGAGAGCUGUGUCCAUUUUUUAGUCAUGUGUCCAGGGGGGGGGGGGGUAGCACAAAUAGCUUCCGAGUACAAAAUGGAAUUUGCUUGCUACACCCCUACACUGCCAGAGUGCAAGUGAAAUGAAACAAAUCUCUACUCCCCUUCACUUGCACUGAGAUGCACUCAUUUCUUUUUGAAGUAAAACAUAUCGGUGGAUUGCAUUUCUGUGAAUUACUACACUCCAUAAUGUGUGUGUGUGUGUGUGUGUGUGUUUGUAUGUAUAUAUAUAUAUAUAUAUAUAUAAGUGAUUACAGACAACUUGGAAUAUCAGAUUGCACUGUCUACAGCCCUGCACAAACACAUACUACCCUGUAUGCGUUAAUGAUUUGUUUAUUUAGCUUCCAUACUGAUUAGAAUGUAGAUUAUGCAGACAUCUCAUGCCUACGUGAAUUAAAGUGGUUAGUGCAUGGUAGUUUAAUGCUUUCAUUUAAAUUACGGUGGGUGUUUAAAUCUGUCAUGCCCCUCCCAUACAUAACAGACAUAACAUGCUGCUUUUUGUAUAUGCACUGGACACAUUACACUUCUAUUUGUCCUUUCCCAACAUUUUUACAUCUGGUAUUGGGCUGACCAUUCAACCAGCCUAAGCACUGUGCUACAGAUUUGAGUCUGUGGGUUUGAAUCCCACAGCUUGUGUGUGACAAUGAUAACUUUCCUCUGUCCUCAGAAUACAUCUGAAGACACGUCUUAAUUUUAGGGCAUUUUUCCAUGUAACUGAGAAAAAUCUUCUCCCUUAAACCAAGAUUUUCACACAAGACAACUAAGAACAUUUUUAUCCCAUUAGAUUUAAAAAUUGAUUCAUUUUCUGUAGCAGAUUUACUUCUCCAUAUUAACUGCUUCCAAACUUGUAGGCAUUCCUGUCCAUAGUAACUAUUCAGAUUGGCCAAAAACAAGAAAUUUAAGAUGUAUUUAUAAUAUUCUAAUAGCUUACAUAUCUACUGGCUUUACCCAAGUAGUUUAAUGUCUCCCUAUCAGCACGUGCUCCUAAUUAAAACUCAUAGACUGCAUUUUCAGCUUCCAGUCUUAACCAAUAUGGCCACAACAUUCAACAAAUAACUGAUCGCAACAUUAAAUGGUUGCAGUUUACAUACCUCAUGUAAAAAAAUUGAGUUUGUGCACACAUGUAAGAGAGUUCCAGUGAGCAGAAGAUUUUAACUGAUGCACUUAAAAUAAAGAAAAUGUUUUACACUUUUCUAAAUCUUGAUCCUAAUGCACAUUUGGAGCUUCACUACCGCUGCUUAAUAUUUUCAUGAAUUCGACCUUUACCUGAAAAAAUAAAUGUAAUAAUUAUAUUCCUUAGUAUUUCCAUUUUAAGAAGUUGAACUAAAACUUCCUGCCUAUGCUGAAGUGAUCCAUUUUAAGUAAUUUAUAAACACUUGCAGUUCUCUGUAUUACAACUCGUUUUCUGCUUGUAUAAAAUAACAUACAUUUGUAUGUUUUUUUUGUUUGUUUUAAAUAAAAUAGGUUCUCAUAAAGUAAAUUGCGAAACGGGUGUCUGAAAUAUGUUCAGUGCACACCUAAAAGGAAUUCCUCAGAAAAAUGACAUCCCUUCUCAUAAGUAGUGGCAACUCACUGGAUUGCGUGUUUAACACACAGUACCACAUGCCCAGAUUUUUAAGGUACUCCCUCGUUGGAUUUAUGUCUUACAAGAACCUGUUUAUGCACCAUUGUCUUUUCCUCACCCCUUCAUGUGUUAUUCCAUGCAUAUUCAUUCUGUGUGGUGAUGGUCACUUAAGCAGCGUCCUCCUUGACAGGGUCUAUUACGUGCUCAUAGGGCAAACCAGUGACAAAUACAAGGUUCUACUACAAUGGCAAAAACAUCAGUGGCUCCAAAUUUGAGGUUCAAAGGGACAAUCGUGUGCAGUUUUAAUUAGAUGUAGGAGAUUGAUAAAAGUAACCAGUGGAUAACGUAUGAUUUUCUAGUAGCUUUUUUUUCUGUUUUGUUUUAUUUUGCUUGCAGAUGUGUAUUUAUCUUAUACUUGACAUAGCGUUUCUUAUCAUUUUAUUAUAUUAUGUGUGUAUUUUGGAAACAUUUUCCCUAGAUGUUAAAAAUUUUGAAUGGCUACAAAAUAUUUGUUGUUUCUGAUGUGGAAACACUUGAUAAUAACAUUGUCUGUAUAUAACCGAAGGUCCUUUUUUCUAAGAAUAACAUUCAUUUUUUUAAAGAACAACAAAAAAAUGUUGUUUUUGCAGUGUCAAAGCUUUUAAUGGUCCUUUUUCUAAAGAAGUACUAACAAACAUGAGAGUUUUCAUAAGCAGUUUACAUACUGAGGGUGUAUCCUGAAGAAAAUAUUUAUGGAAGGACAUGUUGUCUUUGUUUUUUUAUUACAUUGCCUUUGUCUGUAUAAAAUAUGCAACUGAAUUACACUAAGAAGGAAAUAUUGAUGUAUACUUGUAUUAUUAUAUGAAAGUUGGUACAUAAUUCUGAAAACCCCUUGCAAUUCUUAAAGCCAUAUAUUGUCGUGUUUCUUUUUUUCUGGGAAAGGAAAUAUUAUCAGUAUUAUUAAGUAACCAGUAUAUUAUUCAAGUGCUUACGAUUAAUGUGCUUAUGCUGUUUAUUUAUAAUAUGUGCAUUUUGAGGAAGUAUCAUCUUUUAUUAAAGCAGUAUUAGGCUGUUGAAAGUCUGUUGGUUAUAAGAAAUAGAGUAUAUAAAUGCUAUCACUUUAUUAUAAUGUGAGGGCCACAGUAUAUUGAGUAUGUUAUCGUAUGCUUUGAGGAUGUUUGGAAUAUUUAGAAAUGUGUAUUUUUUUUUUUUUUUUUGGAGGGGGGAGUUAGCAAACUGACAUAGUAGUUUGCAAGAGUGAAACUGUGAGAUCCGCUAUGCGGGACCUAUGAUUGCAAUACUGUCAAAAACUUAUAAGGAGGUAAAUUUUAAAUAUUUUUCAUUGCUUAGAAAUAAACUCAUCUUCUGCAAAAAAAAAAUGAAUGCUACAAUUGAGUAAAUCAUCCAAUAGGACAUGCAUGAGUAUGGACUUGGUCUGAGACCCGUUUGGUCUCAUCUCAUUUAUCACGUUACAACUUUACACACUUUUGUGAUAUUUUAAUGGGGUAGUUUAACUGACGCUGUGUUUGAUCCUAGUUUACAUGAAGACAUUCUAGUACUUAAUAGAAAUCACUACAUUGUACUUUACUGCUAAACUGACUAACCUCCGUAUCUUCAUUUUGCUGCUUUAGUCUGUAGAAGCGUUAAAUUAUCUUAUCCAAGAUGUAACUUUGUAUUGCCUGAUAAGUGCUUCGUGCUGGGCUAGGCAUUUAAAUGGCUGCCCUCUUACAACUGAUUUUUGUUUUUAUUUAAUAGUGUUAUUAAAAGAAAUGUGCAUUUAGAUACCAUGUGGACAAGCUCAGAAGUGCUUGCAGUGAGAGUAGGCAUACGAAUGUGUAAUAUAGGAAGAACUGCUGUUGUAAGAGCAUCGACUUCUGUUGCAGAGCGUCCAUAGGAAUUGGCAUUCCGACAUGUGCCUUAUUGUCAGUAUACAGCUGUCGUAUAGUAUGUAGUACAUUAAUGCCAUAUUAAAAUUGUUUGGAAGAAA